AUGGAUGGGAGAAAGAGAGCGAUCCGUUUGGAUGCUGCAUUCGGCCCUACUGCAUCACAAGAUGACGUCUAUGAUUCUUCUAUCAAAGACCUUGUACACGCAGUUCUAGAUGGCUACAACUCAUGCAUCUUCGCCUACGGCCCGACAGGCUCCGGGAAGACUUACACAGUAUUCGGUUCUCCCGAGGGCAGCGCUCAUGUCGGACUACACGAGCGGAUUAUGAGAGAUUUAUUCAGUACCAAAGGAGGUCAAGGGGGGCAUCACAUGCUGAUUUCGAUGUCUAUGGUUGAAAUCUACAACGAAUAUAUCUACGAUCUCCUCGCUCCAGAAAAAACUGUCUCUAGAAAAUCUGAACGACGCUCUGAAGGUGCGCACGCUUCUUGCUGCCAAGAUCAUGUGUCUAUGGCCCGGCUUCUUCAGGCUUUCCAAGCGGCGGUGGCAACUCGUCGAACAUCAUCGACCAAUAUCAAUUCGCAUAGUUCGAGGAGUCACUGUGUUGUCACGCUGAGAACGAGUCUGCCAUGCCCAUAUACAGCAACUUGUCGUCACGGGAAACUCAAUCUCAUCGAUCUGGCCGGUAGCGAAAAUGUUGGUCGGAGUGGCGCUAAGGGCAGUACAUUAAGGGAAGCCCAGAUGAUCAACAAAUCUCUGAGUACUCUGGUCAGUAUUGUUGGUCUCACUUGUCAGUCCAAAAUACAUGUCCCUUAUCGUAAUUCCAAGCUCACCCUCAUGCUCAAGGAUUCGCUGGGUGGCAGCGCCAAAGUACUCAUGAUAGCACACGCCUGUAGAUGCUUCCAAUCGAAUAAUCGAGAGAAGACUAGCAAGCUGAAUACGACCGUUGAGCUCAGCUUCCAACGGUCAGAGUCUUCCGCGCACAGCGAGCAGGCUCAUAAAAUAAUAGAGAAAUAA